AUUAUCGAAGUUAGAGUUGCAAUUAUUCAUGAAAUUAAAAAAAACUGUGCUUAUUAUUAUUUGUAUUUGUAUAAUAAUAAUAUAGAAAUGCACCAAACAAUCAUAAUUGCCAAAAUGUGCACAUAUAAAGAAUAAAAAAGUGAAUUUGUUGUACAUAUCUGUCACAAAUUGCCUCGUGACAGGCAUGAUCAAAUUCAGCACUAGCUCAUCCCUAAUUUUAUUGCAAAGGAAUGUUUUAAGGGGCCCAUAACAUAAACAACUUUCGAUAUAGAGAAUUUUAUUGUUUAAAAACGAUGUCGAUUUAUUUGCAUUGCUUAACAACUAAUGGCGGCUUACCUAUAUUUACACGCAAAAAGGGUGAAUGCGACAACUUGCCCUUUUCGACUGUGGCUUCUCUGAAUGGCUUUCACAUGUUCUUCAAGUCACUCGGCAUACAAUUGCAAACCACGCACACUGAUGAAUGGACGUACAUUUGGCGUGACUUUCACAAUGCGAUCACGCUGAUUGUGUGUGGCCGUGGCAUGGGUGAGCUUCAGCUUCAGGCUCUAGCCGAGCUCGCAUUCGGAGGGAUUGCACUUUUUAUUAGUCGCGACGAGUUAGCCCAUCCCUCACUUAUGGAACGCCUAAAGAAAGAUGCCAAGAAGUAUGUUCCUAUUGUUGAUGCUGCCUUGGAAGCGUCUAGUGCUGGCACAACCCUCCUGGGCUAUACGGACUGUCUGCUGGCAACGGAAAACGCACAUCUCUUGAAUCGUUUGAAUGAGUUCAGCUCAAAUUGUGGUUCGUUGUUUUGCUGUCUCGUUGUGGGCCAGCGCAUCGCUGUAGCCACUGAAGGCUGGUGGGACCUGGACACCCUUGAUAGGGAACUGUUGCUCUUUCUGCUUAACUCUUCAAGCGCAUUACAGCUCGAUGUGCCCGUCUAUCUGCCCAGCAAGAGUCCAAAUAUUGCCUUUCGUUUUGUCAGUGUCCCAGUUUCGGCGAACAGUGCGUUGUGUGUUCUUUGCGGAGCUGAAUCUGCGUUCCGGGAACUGCAUCUAAAUGCGAUGAAUGCAUAUCGCAAUGAUGCCAAUCUCCUGGCCAAUGUCGAAAGAUGCGUUCCACGCAGCCUUCCCGAACAGCUGGAUAUCGAUGCCCAUAUAUUGGCUAUUAUCCUGAUUAAUACAGAGACGCGUAAAUGUGUCUUCACACGAAAUCUGCAUCAAUCGUCGAGUGCUAAGCGAAUUGUCGUGGGCGAUUUACAGCGUCUGGACAUGCUUAAGAAGUUCUUUGAUCACACUUUAGAGAACAUCCACGAAUUAAAGAUGGCCAAAAGCGAAAGCAACGCUCUAGACGCAUUAAAUGAAACGGUUAUGUUGGAUCAGUACAGUUGCUCCGAUUAUCACAAGUGUUAUGCCCAGGCAGAUGAUCAAAAUAAUGUCAUCUUUCUGCUUUUUGUUGCGGCAGUGCCCACACAUACUAUGAGAUUUCUUGCAAAACAGGUCUAUGCUAGUAUAUUGCAAGACAAAAGCGUUUGCUGGUAAGCGAGCAUGGGUAUGACUGCACAAUACAAUAAGAAUUUCGUGGCUAGAACAAAAUAAUUGUGAAAAUAUUUGUUCAUGAAUUCUAAAUAUGAAAGUCGGACGAGGCAUGCAAUACCUUAGAAAAAUCAACCUUUAUUGAACAGUAUAAUAACGAGCUUAUAAGACUGAUCCUAAUUGCCUUAGCUCUAUUAAAAUUCCAAUAUCUUAUAAUUUAAGCUGGUUUAUUGAGCGAUUAUUUAUAAAUAUAAAUUUUAUUUUAGUAAUACUGGUGUUAGCCUAAAUAUGAAUAUAUAGACGAUUUCGUAAAAUUUGUGUAAAUGCUCAUAAUAUAAGUAAUUUAUUGGGUGUCUUCUAACUGUAGAGAAUUACUUUUAAGAUUUAUUUAUAAUUGAACUGGUGCUGGAACAAAAAUAUACUUUUUAAUAAAAUGUUAAUAUUUUAACAGAUCAUAGAGUUUUAAACUUGGUUAAAUAAACUAUAAAGAAACAGUAAGUAUAAGCUGUCUACGCUAUAGAUCCUCUAUGUUGUCUUAACUAUUAACCUGAAUAUUACAUUAUUAGCAGUAGAGUCACUAACCAUACAAGUGUGGUUCGUGGUAGGACCUCUGAAAUAAAAUCUUCAUACAAUAGCACUCUCCUACAUAUAUAAAGAAUAAACCGGCGAUUUCACACGCAUAUACUAAGUUUAGUGCAGGUUACUAAGUUCGUUCAGUCGAGUCUUAAGAAACCCUUAAGGCUACUAUUUGUAAGGGGUUUACUGUACUUAUUCAUACAUACUUGUAAAAGUUAUUUAAAUUGUUUUGGUCAACCGUCAUUCAUAUCCAUUGUAUUCCCACUCCCAAUCCUGUUCCCAUAAGGAAAAUGUUUUAUUUGUAAACAGUUGUCAAACUGUAUUUGUAUUGAGCCCGACGAUGUCAAAUCUAAUAAAAAUAAUUACAAAUUAUAAAUUCAAAAAUGCCAUCAACAAUUUCAAUGCUAAUUUGCACAUUUCCAGCAUAGUCACGACUCUGGGCAAUGCUCGCAGCUCAGACCAUAUACGAAUGCCAUUUGCCUCUUACUUACAAAGCCGAACCAUCCAAAGGGGAAUAACAAACUCGUAAAAGCAAUUUAUCAAACACUUGCCUAGUGGAAAACGCUGCGAGAAUGAUCAGCAGGUGUCUUUAAAGUCGUCAGCCAAGGAGUUAGGCCGUCCUCUAAUAAUUACAGCACAUUCCAUUUAAAUUUAAGCUAAACUGUCCGAAACACACCAAAUCAAAUGUCAAUUGUAUUUUUUAGCAAUCAGUGCGCAUUCGGCGCGCUGUGUGUGCUGUUCGAUGUCGGAACACUGAAAACGUAAAAAAAAACU